GCCCACUUCAGCCGAUCCAGAAAUCAGAGGAAGAGGCAAACUGAAAGAGCUCGAAACUAGCUGAAGUGUCAUGGACCGAUAUAGAUCAAGCCUGAGAAUGAAGAUGUCAGGAGGUCAGGAGAAGAUGCUCGAGGUGGAUCUUCUAUUCUGGAUGCUGCUUUAAUUCUUCUGAGAUGGAGCUUCUUCCUCUUCUGGCUCUUCUGGAUUGAGAAGGGUCACUUUUUUGGAGUCGGACUGGAGUCGGACGUUUUCAGACUCAAUGAAUUCUUGUGAUCCAGCUCCAGCAGAAUGAAGAGGAGGAUGAAGUUGCUGAACCUCUUCUGGUUUUGUGUGAUUGGCUGGGUGCUGCUCUUGAUAAUAUACUUCCCUAAAAAGUCUGAGUUUGGAACGAUUCAUGCCCCCCCUCCCAUUCGUUCAGAGAUUUCCUGGAACAGCAUCUUGGUGACCCCAACCUCUCAAUGGCACCCUAACGUACAAUUUAAUAGAUCAAGGCCUGAUCAUUUACCUGAAGAGACGGGAAACAGAAAAGACGAUGCAGAUCAACAGAAAAUAAAUACAAAACCACUGCAGAAAUCAGCUGCUAAUUACACCAAAAGACCAGCGCGUACGCUACCAGAAGACUGGCUGGAAUAUUACUCCAGCGGCAGGGAUGUGGUCCGCGCUUUGUGGCGGGGAAACGUUUCCUCCAUGAUGCUGAGUUUACGCCUGCAGAGAGCUUUUCAACAAUACGUCGACAAAAACAGUUACAGAGUGAGUUACAGAUCUCCACAAAACAAGCAGCUGGAUCAGAAGCAGCUGGAAAAACAGGCUCUUCUAUGCCAGCUGAAGCAGCACGCCCGGGUCCGGGUACUGGACGGCACAGAGGAGCCCUUCGCCAGCCUGGGCUGGAAGCACCUGGUGCCAUCUGAUCACCUGGACAAGCUGCCUGGCACACCUUUCAGAACAUGUGCUGUGGUCAGCUCCGCCGGAUCCAUUCUCAAUUCAUUACUGGGGAAAGAAAUUGAUUCCCAUGAUGCAGUUCUCCGCUUCAAUGCUGCUCCAACUCAGGGCUUUCACAAGGAUGUAGGCAAAAAGACCACCAUCCGUAUCAUCAACUCUCAGGUCCUGGCUAAUUCAGAGCACAGGUUUAACAGAAGUUCUCUUUAUAAGAAUAAUACUCUGGUGGCGUGGGACCCUGCACCAUACUCUGCUGACCUAGAGAAGUGGUACCGAGAGCCAGAUUUUGACCUGUUUACGGGGUACGAGGACCGCAGGAGGCGCUCUCCCAGCCAGCCCUUCUACAUCCUGCACCCGGCUUUCAUCUGGAGCCUCUGGACCAUGCUUCAGACCAACACCGAGGAGAACAUCCAGCCCAAUCCUCCCUCCACUGGAUAUAUAGGUAUCGCAGUGAUGAUGAAUCUGUGUGAGAGCGUCGACGUCUACGAGUUCAUCCCGUCUAAAAGACACACCACGCGCUGCCAUUACUACGAGGCGCUCAGGGACAUGGCCUGCACGCUGGGGGCGUAUCACCCGCUACUCUACGAGAAACUAUUGGUCAGGAGGAUGUCCACAGCCUCUAUAGCUGAACUUUCAGAGAAGGGGAAGGUCACCCUGCCGGGGUUCAGUAAAAUCUCCUGUCCUCCGUGAUGAUUUUGGAAAUUUACACUCAACAAUCAAGAGAUCAGCUGCUUAUAGUGAAAAAUGUAUAACACUAAAUAGCCUUAAUUUUGAUUUUUCAUUUAUAUGGAAUAUGUGAUAAACCUGCUAUCAAAUUGA